CCUAGACAGCACACUCUGCUUAAAUCAUUCUGCUUUUUAACUAACAGAAAAUGAACAAAAUGAACUGAAAGAAAUGAAAACAUCGAUUGUCAUCUCAGUCAGCUAUGUAAGCAGGCCGGCUUACUCAUGGAUUUUUGACAUUCCCUCACCUGUUUCGUUGUGACUAUGCAGUAAACAGAAGUGAAGUCAAACAGAAGAAUGACAGGGGACAAUUGUGUCGUAUUCUUGGUGGUCUUGACCUUUUUAUGGACUGCUGCCAGAGGAGAUGUUCAAUGCAUUUUCAUGGAGAGCUGCAUCUUGCCGUGCUCCUUUGACCCUGGGCCAGAAAUCGUCAUCCACUGGGUGCAAGGAAAUAAGCCUGUCCACUCAUAUUAUCACAACGCAAACAAGCUUUCACACCAGGACAAACGCUAUACAGGAAGGACUUCUCUGUUUGAGAGCCAGAUUUUGAAUGGAAAUGUUUCACUGCUGCUGAAGAAAGUGGAGAUUCAGGACAGAGGCCAAUACAAAUGUUAUACCAGCACCAUUAAGGGCAACAAGGAGCAGUAUGUCAGCGUAAACGUGAAGGCUCCGGUCAGUGAAGUCAACGUUGAGCAGACAGGAGACAGUAUCACCUGCAGCUCUAAUGGGAUCUACCCACAACCAGAGCUCAAAUGGUCUACCAUACUGCCGUCCAACCUGACCAUCAUGAACCAUACUGUCCAUCAGACUGAGCAGCAGGUCUACACAAUCAGAAGCUCCCUGCUUAUCUCUGAUCAUUCUGAAGGUCUGGAAUAUAUCUGCAAUGUCACCACUGGGGAAAGCUACUGGAAAGCCACCGUGAGACAGCAAGCUCCAGUCACCAGUGAAGACUCUGAAGCAUCCAUUUCCUGCAUUACUGCCAAAACUCUGAGGAGCCUGGUCUGGAAAUUUAACUACAACCAAAUCAUCCUAAAAAAGACAACAUCACCAGCAAACAUCCAAUACUGGAAUAACUGGAAGCAGAAGGUGAAGGAGGAGUCAGAGUCAAACAACCUCAUAUUAAAGGACCUGUCUUCAGAUCAGCAAGGAAUGUACACCUGUGAACUCACUACUGCUAAUGGAACAUACAUAAUUAACACUUUCCUCAAUGUACCAGGUUCAAAUCAAGGCAAACCAACAGUUCUUAUUGCUGUUAUUGUUAUUGUUAUUGUUAUUGCCUUGGCUGUAGCAGGAAUUGUGGCAGGAAUUAUACACUCAAAACGUAAGAAGAAUACCUCUUCAGAAGAACCAGGCUAUGAUCUAGUACAGGCAAAAGGUUCAGACUAGAGAACCGGUUAACUGUGAAGCUGAAAGCAAGAAUGUACCCAGAAGCAGACACUGCACAUAAAGAGCUGAAAAGAAGGACUUCAGGCUGCUCAGGUGCUCUACUGUACUUCAAUGUGAAUCUCUGGGUUCUUUUCACUGAACACACAAACCACCAGCCACCAGAAGAACACAUGGAUGAUUGGGAGAAAAUUGUUGCACAAAAACACUAGUGAACCUUGGGAUCAAACCUCUGAAUGUGCAAUAAUUACUGAAGGAUAAAUUAUGACUGCAGGACUCUGCCCAGACUCUGACUCAUGAAGUUCAACAUGCGGUUUGUCUUCUACCUCAAAUCCUGAUGCUGCCAACUGGAACACAAGAGUAAAAAUAAAGAAACAAGA